AUAACAUUAACAUCGCCCAAAUCCCUCCAAGUAGAAGAACAACAAUCCACCACAAUCAACUCUUCUUUUCUUUGCUACUCAUCGGCGACUUGGACAGAAAAGAUUCCAGACCAUCCCAUCGUCUCUUGGCAAUCCAUCAUCAUGGAGGAACAAGCCUGUCCGAAAUGCAAGACCACGCUCUACCGUAAUCCAAACAUGAAGCUCAUGGUCAAUGUAUGCGGCCACAACUUGUGUGACAGUUGCGUGGAGCUCCUCUUCGCCAAGGGUUCUGGAGCUUGUCCAGAGUGUGGGAUUGCUCUCCGACGGGCUAACUUUCGCCACCAAUUGUUCGAAGACGCAUCCAUCGACAAAGAGGUCGAUAUUCGGAAACGGAUCCUCCGGGAUUACAACAUGAAACGCGAGGAUUUUGAUGACUUGCAGGCCUAUAACGACUACUUGGAAAUGGUGGAGGAUCUCAUCUUCAAUCUAUGCAACAACAUCGACAUCUUGGAAACCAACAAACGCAUUGCCGAAUACAAGGAGAAGAAUAAAGACUUCAUCACCAAGAACCGACAUCGACAAAGUCAAGAGUCCUUGGAGCUCUUGGACAUGAUGUCCGAAGAGGCUCGAUCCGCCCUUUUACGCCAAAGAGAUUUGCAAUCCGAAGAGCGCGCUCUCAAGGCCAAAAAGGUCGAGGACAAAGAGAAACUCAUCGAUGACCUGAUGUUCCUGGAUACCGAUGCCAAAGCCAUUGUGAACCAACAUGCCGCCCAAACAGAAGAGGAAGUCGUGUUGCCCAAACGAACGAAAUUCUCCACUGGAAUCGACGUUCACGCCACCAACGUGGGUCCAUUCAUUCCUGUAGCCGAGGCCAAACCAUUUGUGUACAACCACGUGGAUCUGGAAACCCGAGGACCCAAACCUCCCACCAUGAGUGAAAUCAUGGAGCGGAAGUAUUAUAAAUUUGUCCGAGCCGCCGGAUCAAAUGAAAGACCCGGCGGAUACCAUGAGCGAAUCGCGUGUGCUCGGGCCUUGCAGGAGGCCUUUUCCGGAUUGUUCUACGCGCCCACUCAAUCAGCCUUGUGAUGAUUUCAAAACAAACUCAAACUAUAAUAUUAUUUAAUAGUUCAUAUAUAGAUGCUA